CGCGGCACGCGCGCCUGCUGGUCCGGCAGUUGCUUUCGCUGAGGACUAGCGCCUCAUUUCCCUUGCUCUUCUCUCCCCCCAGCUCCAGCUGUUUUCCCGGUGGAAGCAGGAGCGCAGCCGUCCGCAUCCGCAUCGUUCCCCGAGAUUCGGCGCUGCCUUUCCAGGAGAGCCCAGGAAUGAAAACGGAGGUGCAGGACGGCACGGGCAGCGCUCCCCUGGGAGGAGCCGAGGGACCUGGAGGAGCCCCGCACGGUCCGUGGAGCAUGGCGGACUCCAGGCUCAAGAUGGACAGCAGCCGUGGUGUCCUGGGAGCGAUGGGCCCGGGCGGCCAGGAGGGGUCCCCCCUGGGGGCGCCCCCACGCGGGGUGAAGGAGGAGCCGGAGGAGGGCUUGGACUGCCGCUGGGAGGCCCAGUGGCAGGCCUUCCUGAAGACCGUGGAAGACCCCCCGCCGCCUGAGGCGUCCCCCCCAUGGGGCGACACCCCGGCCUUCCUGGCCUCUUUCGAGCAGGUGGCCGAGGCCUGCCGCUGGCCCCGGGGGGAGUGGGUGGCCCGCCUCCUGCCGGCCUUCAGCGGGGAGGCUGCGCUGGCCUUCCGUGCGCUGGAGGCCGAAGACAGGGAGGACUACGCGAAGGUGCGGGCAGCCCUGCUGCGCGGAGAGGCCCUCCGCCGCGAGAAGAGCCGCCUGCUCUUCCGGCAGUUCUGCUACCGGGAGGCCAAGGGCCCGCGGGCGGUGUGCGGGCAGCUGCAGGUGCUGUGCCGGCAGUGGCUGAAGGUUGAGCGGCACACGAAGGAGCAGAUCCUGGAGCUGCUCAUCCUGGAGCAGUUCCUGGCGGUGCUGCCGCCGGAGAUCCAGGGCUGGGUGCGGGAGCGCGGCCCCGAGACCUGCUCCCAGGCCGUGGCUCUGGCGGAGGACUUUCUGCUGAGGCAGCACGGCAGCCAGGUGGCACUUGCGGCGGCGGCGGCUUUCCCCAAGGCGGACCGCGGGCCAGCGCAGCUCUGUGUGGAGACCAAGGAGGAGGAGGAGGCCGGCGUGUCCAGCAAGGGGUGGCUGGCCAUAGCUGAGCGGGAGCGACGUGCGGCGGACGAGGCCAAGCCACUGGGGCCCUUUGGGGUGCCUGCCUGGGGCCCAGAGGACGCUGCUCCCCUGUGCGCUGCGCAGAACCCUGCCGUGGCCGAUCAGCAGCGGCCGGCGCACCCGCGGGGGGGCACGGCAGGUGAGCUGGGGCCGUACGAGGGGGAGUACCAGACGCUCAUCAUAGCCACGGUCCAGACGGGGAUCGACACCGGUAAGAAGCGGAACCCGCGCCGAGCCUGCGGGAAGAAUUUCAGUCCGGGCAGCGGCGGAUUGAAGAGCCGGAACGCGGGAGGGAAAGCGCACAAAUGCUCCGUCUGCGGGAAGUUCUUCCUCUCCGGCUCGAAGCUCAUAAUACACCAGAGGACUCACACGGGCGAGAAGCCGUACGAAUGCUCCGCCUGCGGGAAGACGUUCCGCUCCAGCUCCGUGCUCUAUCGCCACCAGAGGACUCACACGGGGGAGAAGCCACACAAGUGCCCCGUCUGUGAGAGGCGAUUCAGCAGCAACUCGAAUCUCAGUCGGCACCAGAGAAUCCACACGGGGGAGAAGCCGUUCGAGUGCUCAGACUGUGGGAAGAGCUUCAUCCAGAGAGCCAACCUCAACAAGCACCACAGGAUCCACACAAGCGAUGGGAAAAGUGAAGGCGGUUUUGGCACGAACUGAAGGCUCGUUGUGCGUAGGAAGCAGAGAAUGGGUUGUGCGGAGACCCUUUGUGGGGGAUUCUUCCGGAAAAAGGUGCAUCCAUCCAUCCCAGCAAGCCGUUGGUCAGGGAAUCCCAGGUGCCUGUUUGGGACAACCACUGGUUUUGGGUGCUUCAAUGAAAGGGGCAGGACGGCCAGAGAGCAAAAAGGACAUGAUGCAGCUGACCUGGGCUGCACUCGUGGCUCAUAGAGGCUUUUGCCCAAGAGUUCGGCGGGAACUGUAGCAGCAGCAGGAGGUCCUUCUCGUGACGUCUUGCGUGUGGGCAUCUCCGCCAGCGAUCACUUCUCCAGCAGGCUGGGCCUCGCCUUUAGGUAGAGAGCGGAACGAACUGCGGUGGGCUGAGGGGUCUUUUUUGUAGAGGGUCUUUUGUCUUGCUGUUUCCCGAUACAGCACAAACUGAUGUGAGGCGCUGUCCCCAGACGGGUAUUCAUGUAAAGAGAACUCCAGUUCCGCCCUGUAUGAAAACGUCGUUCUCUUUAUUUUACAUCUGAUAACACCUUUCCUCCGAAAAGUUGUGCAAGGCCACGAUAAGCUAGAUAUGUCCCUUGUGCUGUGGAGAAAACGGAGAGCUGCACAACAAGAAGACGAGCCACCUGGAAGGCGAAACUGGUGGCGAGUCGUUGAACUGUGAUUCCAAACGCGUUUGGGUGCCUCUGAGAGGGGCAGCCGUUGCGCGGUUGCCUGCACCGGGACCACUCACGUUCCGUUGGUGGAGGUGCGAUUUCGCCGCCAGCGGAAGGAAGCCACCGCCUCUGUCGGACUGCUGGACGUGUCCUCUAAUUAAAUGAAAAGCCUCCCUCCUCAGCUUUGCCGGCUGCCACUUCGCUCAUGGUUUGGCCAGUUCCACGCCUCAGCGGUGUCCGGCAGUACUUUCCUGGGAGUAAAGGCCAGCGAACAUGUGUGGGCUGCGGUCCGGUUGUACCCACCCACCAGCGGCACAGAGCCUGCCGGUGAAGGGGACUCCCUGCUGCCCUGCACCCUGCCCACAUCUUCUCCCUCUGGAGCGGAGGGGUGGGCUGCGCUGGGGAGGGUGGGGCGGGAGCAUUCCUGCGAGGAUGUCCCCUUGGCGCUGGAUGCCUGCAGAUGUGUGGUGAGGUGAGGCCGCAUCGCCAGGUUACUCUGGAACAGCUCGCUGUGUGUUUAUGUGUUUAGCCUUGCCCCCAACUCACUCACUGGAGCAAACCAGUGAGGGCUUGACUGGGUGUCUCCUGUCUGCAGAGGGCAAGUGCUGCAGCCACGGACAAAUGUGACCGGGACCUGGGUUUCUAAGUUAAAGCAGGGGAGACGGGAAGGGGGACCCCACCGUGGGUCUUCCACAAACGGAGAAGGUUCUGCUGUUGGUGCUGUUUGUGGGCCUGUGGGGGAAGAGAAAGCCGAGCAGGCCGGCAUCCCAGAGGCUUCCAGGCGGCCAGAGCUCGAGGCAGAGAUGGACAAGCGCUUGGAGCCCUGACUGCUCCUUGAAAAGUGGCUCUUUCUUUCGGGAGGCGCAUUUCCAGCUCUCAUGGAUAGUGCUGACUGUGAAGCAAGCACCAACACAACCCAGUCAAAAGUAGCGAGGACUGGAAUCACUGAGCUUUAAGCAGAAAUAACUGGUUGGUUUGUUUCCCCUAAAGAAGGACUUCCAGUCCCCAGGGGUGACGGCCCCUGCAGGCCGAACAAUACGGACGAUCCCAUGGCUGGCGGCUUGGAGGAGGAGAAGGUUCUCGAGGUCGCUGCUCCAAUGUGCAGUCGAAACAUCCUUCUUGCUCACGGAUGGGAGUUCCCUCCGUAGCGCUGGGGACUGGUGAGUCCUCCGGCUCUGAAUCCCUCGAGAUUUUCACUUUCCCUGUUGGCUGAGAGAGUCCAGCAGAUGGAUAUCCAGCAGCAUGGAGCUCCCGAAGCAGAGAAGGGCAAUUCUUCCAAGGGGACAAUGACCGUGUCCAGAUCACAGAAUUUUAGGGGGUGGGGCAGGUUGUAUCCUCCUCCACUUGGAAUCCUCCCAUAUUUUCCCACUGGUUCUUCCUUCAUUUUUCUUACCAGAAUAAAAACACCUGCGAAGGAAGCUAAGCUGGGACUGCCGGACAGUGCCUGGCAGUGCCAGGAGUUUCCCCCUGAACCGUUUUCUCUUUAUGCCAGCAGGUAAAGGGUAGCGGGCUGGAAAUGAGGGGAAAUUUGAUGUUACACCAUUACGGGAAGGAGGAAGACCCAAGAGAGAGUGUUGUGAAUCAAGAUACUCCAGGGAAGCGAGCGACACCUCUUGUGGGGAGGAGACGGAGGUGUGAGCCUGUGGCCAGGGCGCAGGGAAACUGAACACGAACUCAGUCCAUAACACAAAAAGAAAAGAGUGCUAACGUGCUUCCGUACUCCUUGGAGAAUCUACACCAGGAGGAAACCAGGCAGGUGCUUUGGCAACAGGCAGCUCGAACUAUCAAAGACACACAGAUGAGAAACCACAUAAAGGCCUGGAACAUGGGAAGGUCUUUCAUUGUAGCAAAAUCUUCACAUCAGAAAUUGAGAAGGGGAGAAACCAUAUAAAUGCUUGGAGCGAGGAAAGAGCUUUGGUUAGAGAGCAGUUUGCUUGAGGCACAAGGGAAUUUACAGGGGGUGCAGGGAGAGCCCGUCGGUGCUCAGACUUUUGUCAUAGAUUGAACUUCAAAGGCAUCCGAGAAUCCACACGGGAAGCUCACAAAGCCUUGGAGUGUGGCGGGACCUGCAGGCAGAGAACAACCUCCGUUGGCAUCCAAGAAUCUGCAUGCCAGGGAGAUGCAGGACAGAACAGCCCGUCAGCCUCUUCCUCCAAGGUCAGCGGGUGGGACAGUUCCUGGUUUCUGAGGUUAGAAAAGUUUUGACACGAAGCAGAGUCCAUGGUCCGUGGUGGAGGCUCCUCGUUGAAGUUCUGUGGCUAUUAUGGGGUACUUUGAAUUGGACGGUGUUGAUGGAAUGGCUUUAAUGCUUUGAAUAAUUUAAUGACAUGUCUUUCGUGUAAA